CUCAUAAUGGCUUUCUCCACCUCCGUAUCGGUAAUGCUUUUGAUCUCAGCAAUUAGCUGCUGGAGCACAGCCGUUGGCGGCCUGCGAGAAGAUCUCAAGGAUUUCGUAGCCUUGGUUCCCCGUCGCAGAAUUGGUUUUAUUGCCGCCAGAUACUACAUCUUCGAUCCCAAGUUUCGCCAGGCGGUGGAGUUUGUGCGCAGCGAUGAGUUCAUAACCACCUGGCAGCAAGUGCGUGCCGCUCCAGAUUUUGUGAAUAUUAUUAACUAUGUGACUGAUUACGGCUCGGGCUACGAUAUAACCACACUGGUGGACAGUUUGCCAACUCGAUUGCGGGCCUAUCAGCUGGCGCGCACUGUACCCGUGGAACUGAUGCUGCGACGCGAUUUGACCACCUUCCUCUGGGACGUUCUACAAACUUUGCCCAGGACCAGAAUCUAUUCCUUGAUGGCACAGAAAUCGCGGCAGAGCGCUGAAUUCGCCAAGCUCUACACAGCUUUGAGGGCUAAGGAGUUUAAGGAGCUGGUGCAGCGGGCCAGACAUUCCAGACAACUGCAGGCCCCCAUUAAGAAAUUGAGUCAGAAGAGCAUCAACGUGGAUGAAAUACUUAAAAUCGUGUUUGAGGUAAUCAGUUGGGGUCCCCAGACAUCCUAG